AGACACUGUUCACCCCUAUACAUCCCUUGCUCGACCACUGCGAGGGGUGAGGGCUCGACGAUUAUAGCUGUACAACUGCUCGCUUCUCCGACCACAAUUCUGUAGAAACCCAAAGAAACGCUCUAUAUCUGUGAACUGUUGGAAUACCUCCCCCGCGCUCUCCAACUCCCCCACUCUGCGGCGCCCCUUCUUAUUAGACACUAAGCAAGGUCAUCAACAUCAUCAUCAUGAAUCCAAGGAGGAGUAGUAUACCGAGAUAUAAUGAUGAUGACGACGACGAUGAUGAUGACGAGGAGGAGGAGGAAGAGGAAGACGACAGUCUAGACGAGGGCCAGUUCCCUACGGGGAAUAGUGCCCCGAGGAAUGGUGCAAGUCGAGGGGCUAGAGCAGGAGCCGGAGCAUCGGGCAGGGCUAGUAAACGCAAAUCCAAUGGAUCUGCCGGUCAAUUCAAGUGUGACCAUCCGAGGUGUGGAAAGACGUUUACGAGAAAAGAUCACCUCCUGCGACACGCCGCAAAUCACACCAACACGAACUAUCCGUGUCCGACUUGUGGACGAGGCUUCAAGCGACUCGACCUGUUGCACCGUCAUGAAAAGCGAAACAUCUGUGGAGACGAAGCCAGUGCGACAUCGAAGCGCCGUCGAACCAGUAUGACAAUGAGUGAUAAUGAAGAUGAAGAUGAAUCACCACCCCCUUCGAUACCAUCGAUGCGAAACGAUUCCCUCUCGUUUGCUCCUCUUCCCACUCUGUCCCUGAACAAGAGUCCCAUGCGAAUAUCGGGUCUCAAUCUCGGUCCCUUGUCAGCGGGAUCGACCACCUCGUUCGGACAACUUACUCCAAUGUCUGUCCAAGCUACCACUCUGCCUCUCUCUGCCUCUUCUCAAACCAUCGAUCCUCACGCGCCCCAUAUCUCCAGCAACACUCUUCAUUCUGAAUUGGAUCUCGAUCCACAACCUUCUGUCCCAUUCCCGACCUUGCCGGAUUUCGAAGUCUCCACUUCGUCUUCCCAUCCACAAGAUUGGGGUCUCAACAUCUGGCAACCUGAUCCUUGGGAUGCACUGCUGCACGACACGCUCGCACCACCCUUCAACGAACCGGCCCUGACGCUGGAUCUCCCCUGGAACGUGUCAACACCGAGGAUGCAGGAAUCGGCCGAGAGAGGAGGAGAAAGCCUAGCGUCUGCAGCGCUGAUAGCCAAAUUACAACUCGCGAUCCCGGAACUCGACGUCAACUUGUCCUUCUUGUCCGACGCAUUAUCCCAUUACUGGUCGCAUGUCUCGCCAACAUUUCCGUUCAUCCAUAAAGGCACGUUUGACAUCAACAACGCUCCUGCAGAGUUGGUCGCCAUGAUGGCGAUCACGGGUUCGAUCCAUCUCCCGGCAGCCUCUCGGCCCGAUUUACGCAAAGUCGUCCAGAGGAUCCGGGGAAGCUUGGUUCAGGAUUGUGGACUGGAAAUGCCAGUCUCGACGCUCCAAGCCUUCUGUCUAUGCCAUGUGCACGAUACCUGGAACGGGACGAACGAGAGUCUGUUUGUUGCUCAAUGCAUGUGGCCAGUGAUGGUCGCGCACAGUCGGAAAAAGGGGAUCGGUGUCGUCGGUCCGAUAGAAAACGAAGUGCAGGAAGAGCAAGCGUGGGCAGCCUGGGCAAAGGACGAGGAACGUCGACGAGCGGCAUUUUGUGUCCUUCUCAUCGACACUCAGCUCUCUGCCUUUUGGAACCAGCACUGCUCCCGUCAACUGUCCAUCUUUGCCCACAACAUCGCCCUCCCUUGUCCUCGAAACCAGUGGGAUGCCCCGACAGCAAGCGAGUGGUUCCGAUUAAGGGAAGCCUCCAUGCCAAGUCCUUCGACAGCCGCGCGAAACUCGUCCAGAAAAGCAAAGACUGGCUACAUGCCGGGUCUGAACCCCGAAUUCCAGGUCUCACAAGUCUCAGAAGGAUACAGCAGUAGUGUCAUGAGUGCUUUGGCAGGAGAGAGUGCUCUACUCGACUUUCCAGUCGACAUGGAGCAUGCGUUGAGUGUGGAGAUGGUCUUGAUCGGAUUGAUGGCUGUAGCAUGGGAUUGUCGGACGCGAGGGGGGAUGGGCAUCAGGUUCAGGGAAGGAACAAAGCAAUGGCGAACCAUCGUAUUAGCCGCUGUGAUCAACCUCCGGGCAGUAUGGGAAAUGGGAGUCGCUCAUCUUCCGCCUUCCAUCGAGAGUCGGGACUUGCGAGACUCUUUUGCCAUCUCUGUCAUCUCAGUUCUGAGCGACAUACCCAUGCUCCAGGUCGCAGCAGGCGCUACAUCUGUAUGCGGGUCUACCAUCGGACCUCGUCAAUUCAAAGAUGCUCAGCGUCGUCUUCGUAUCUGGGGGAAAACAGAAGACGCAUGGACAUGCCUAUGGCAAAGCGCUCGAUAUCUUCGUCAAGCGCUUUUCACCGAUUGGGGUAUUUACUCGCCAUGGGCGGUCUACAUGACUGUCUUGGUUCACUGGGCUUACGCUUGGACCCUGCCCAACUCGCCUCCUAUCAUGAUGCCUACUUCCCCAACGUCUGGGUUUGAGCCUUCAGCCAGUGCGAACCAACAUCAAGCGACAGUCCUGCUGGAUCAUAUCCUCACUUCGGCGACUCGGCUGGAUAAUCUCGACUUGGGUAUAGCAGAGCUCAUCAGCUGUACGGCUGAAAAGCUGGGAGCCAUGGGCGAUAUUGAAAGGGAGAAUUCCGCGCUGUUAUGGCGCUUGAUGGGAACGAAUGGGAUGAGUCAAGCGAGGCGGAGGUCUAGAGUGUGGGAUGGAUUGAUAUGAUCUAGAGGCGAUCGACGGACAAUCAGCAAAGAGCUUGGUUGAGCAUGCAAUGUUGUAGAUCGUGAGAGACCGGUCGUGCUGAGUAUUCGCAGGUGUCAUACCGUUUAUCAUGCUAUUAACAAGACGAGG